AAUGGGGCGCUGAGAGGAGCGGCCACGGCGCUCGCUUAGCCCUCCACCCCGUACGGUUCAGCCUAUCCCGGGCGGUCUCGGCUCGGCUCGGCUCCCUGCCGCUGGGCGGCUGGAGCAGGGGGGAGGGGAGCCGCAAGGACAUGGGCCGGCUCUGAAGGCCGAGGGAGGGCAGCCUACGUGUGUGCCGCCCCGUAUUUUACUAACUGCUUGCUGUCGGGUUUAUUUAUUUCUUUUUCUUCGCGCGCCCCCCCCUUCCCCCUUCCCCACCUCAAGGCGGAGGGAGAACAGUCCCCUCCCUUCCCUCCCUCGCCGUGCGCCUAUGGCUCCCGCUCCUCGCAGCGUCCCCGGGAAAUAAAAUCCGCCCGGGGCUGGGUGCCGCCCCCCGCCUCCACGCACACACCCGCGGGGAGCGGCCGAGGCGGGGGAGCGCCCUCCCGGGAGAACAUGGAGGGCCCCUCGGGCUCGGCGCAGGGCAGCGAGCGGCCGCUGCUUACCGUCACGCACGAGCUGAAGAACGCAAAUUUGACAGGCCAUGCAGAGAAAGUUGGCAUUGAGAACUUUGAACUCUUAAAAGUCCUUGGAACUGGGGCAUAUGGAAAAGUGUUCCUAGUAAGGAAAGUAAGCGGCCAUGAUGCUGGAAAGUUGUAUGCCAUGAAAGUACUGAAGAAAGCAACAAUAGUUCAAAAAGCCAAAACAACUGAGCACACAAGGACAGAACGACAAGUAUUGGAACACAUUAGGCAGUCACCAUUUUUGGUCACAUUGCAUUAUGCCUUCCAGACAGAUACAAAGCUUCAUCUCAUUUUAGACUAUAUAAAUGGAGGAGAACUGUUCACUCAUCUUUCACAAAGAGAGAGAUUCUCAGAAAAUGAGGUGCAAAUUUACAUUGGGGAAAUUGUUUUGGCACUUGAACAUCUACACAAGUUGGGAAUUAUAUAUCGCGAUAUAAAACUUGAGAAUAUUCUCCUGGAUUCUGAUGGCCACGUGGUGCUGACAGACUUUGGUCUGAGUAAGGAGUUUCUUACUGAUGAGAAUGAGAGAGCAUAUUCUUUCUGUGGAACAAUAGAAUACAUGGCUCCAGAUAUUGUAAGAGGAGGAGAUACAGGACAUGAUAAGGCUGUUGAUUGGUGGAGUGUUGGUGUUCUUAUGUAUGAAUUGCUAACUGGAGCAUCACCAUUUACGGUCGAUGGAGAGAAGAAUUCUCAAGCUGAAAUUUCUAGGAGAAUAUUGAAAAGUGAGCCACCUUACCCACAAGAAAUGAGUGCACUGUCAAAGGAUAUAAUUCAGCGCCUUUUGAUGAAAGACCCCAAGAAGAGACUAGGUUGUGGUCCAACUGAUGCUGAUGAAAUCAAACAGCAUCCCUUUUUCCAGAAUAUAAAUUGGGAUGAUUUAGCUGCCAAAAAAGUGCCAGCUCCAUUUAAACCAGUAAUUAGAGAUGAGUUGGAUGUCAGUAACUUUGCAGAAGAGUUUACAGAAAUGGACCCAACAUAUUCUCCUGCAGCAACCCCUCAGACUUCAGAAAAAAUAUUUCAGGGAUAUUCUUUCGUUGCACCUUCUAUUUUGUUUAAACGCAAUGCAGCUACAGUAGAUCCUGUUCAGUUUUAUGUGGGGGAUGAGCGACCUGGAACUACAACUAUUGCCAGAAGUGCUAUGAUGAAGGACUCUCCAUUUUUUCAACAUUAUGAACUGGAUCUGAAAGAGAAACCAUUGGGAGAAGGAAGUUUUUCCAUUUGUCGAAAGUGCUUACACAAGAAAACUAGCCAGGAGUAUGCAGUAAAAAUAAUUAGCAAAAGGAUGGAAGCGAACACCCAGAGAGAAAUAACAGCUCUGAAACUCUGUGAAGGACACCCCAAUGUAGUGAAGUUGCAUGAAGUUUAUCAUGACCAGCUUCACACUUUUCUAGUAAUGGAAUUACUGAAAGGAGGAGAAUUGCUUGAACGUAUUCAGAAGAAGCAGCAUUUCAGUGAGACAGAAGCCAGUCAUAUUAUGCGCAGACUUGUUUCGGCAGUGAGCCACAUGCAUGAUGUGGGAGUGGUCCAUAGAGAUCUGAAACCUGAGAAUUUGUUGUUUACAGAUGAAACUGAUAAUUCAGAAAUAAAAAUAAUUGAUUUUGGCUUUGCUCGUUUAAAACCACCUGACAAUCAGCCUCUUAAGACUCCAUGUUUUACUCUGCAUUAUGCUGCCCCAGAGCUCUUUAAUCACAAUGGUUAUGAUGAAUCUUGUGAUCUCUGGAGUUUGGGAGUCAUUCUGUAUACGAUGUUAUCAGGACAGGUACCGUUUCAGUCUCAAGACAAAAGUUUAACAUGUACCAGUGCAUUGGAAAUAAUGAAAAAAAUAAAGAAGGGAGAAUUUUCCUUUGAAGGGGAAGCUUGGAAAAAUGUUUCUGAAGAGGCCAAAGAGUUAAUUCAAGGACUUCUGACAGUGGAUCCAAACAAAAGAAUUAAGAUGUCCAGUCUGAGAUACAACGAAUGGCUUCAGGAUGGCAGCCAGCUGUCAUCUAACCCCCUAAUGACUCCUGAUAACUUGGGUUCUUCAGGCGCUGCAGUGCAUACAUAUGUCAAAGCCACUUUUCAUGCCUUUAACAAGUACAAAAGGGAAGGAUUUUGUCUCCAGAAUGUUGACAAGGCACCUCUUGCAAAGAGAAGAAAAAUGAAAAAAACGAGUACAAGCACAGAGACACGUAGCAGCUCCAGUGAAAGUUCACAUUCUUCUUCCUCUCAUUCUCAUGGUAAAACUACACCUACAAAGACACUGCAGCCAACAAACCCUACAGACAGCAAUAACCCAGAAACUAUCUUCCAGUUCUCUGACUGAAAAGCAGAGAAUGUUUUGUCUUGAAGAUUUGCGUGGUUAUAAACUGGGCAGUACCUUUGUCUUCUCCCACCCCUCCUCCCUGUGGCUUACAGGCCACAGAAAUAUGUCCGCCGCUUUAGUAAUGUAUUUCAGUCAUAUCUUUUUAGCUUCGUAUUUCAAUACAUUUCUUUUUAGCAUUACGUUUGGUAUCACUGGAUAUGGUAUAAUACUGUAUUACAACCAACAUUAUAUUCACUUGGGAUAAAUUACUAGUCUGCAGUCAAGCUCCUCAUAGUAAGGAGCUAUUCUGCCCUUGGUACAGCUUGGAGGAAAGCUGUUUCUCAGCAUCAGAAUCUUCCACCCAGUUUCUUCUCUGCUAUUAAAAGAAAAGAAAACUCUGUAAAACAUAGAACUCUUGAAUCUUCUGCUUAAAUAUGUCCAUCUAUGUGAAGAAUCUCAUAGCAUUUGAUUCUUCCUGUACAUAAGGAAUGAUUAGUACAAUCCACCAAAGAAGUGAAGUACUCAAAGGCCUCUUAAAUUUGGGAUUACAUUCUAUGCCAUUUAUUUGAAUUUUAAGAACAAAAUGAAGUAUUAUGCAACUCUUAGGUUGCAUUAAAAAGUUGCUCCAUGUAUCUUGUUUUAAACAAUUGAGAAUAUCUUAGAUUUUAUUUAUUUAAUUUUUUAGAAAACAUCUAGAGUAAAAGAUGCCUAAGGUGACGUGUCUAGUCCUGUGAUACAGUAAUUUUUAUUUCUACUUUUUGAAGUUAAUAACUUUUAAAAUGUUUUACAGAUUCUAAAACAUAGUGAUAUUACAGAAAGUGAAAUUUCAUAUUGAAUGUUUGAAAAAUGGUCACGUGUUAAAAUAUCUAUUUCAAGAAUUAAUUAUAAUUUAUAUUUUCUUUUUAUAUUUACACAAGAACUUUAAAAUACUGAGAUUUUUUUAAAAAGGCAAAAACUCCAUUUUCAGCAUUUGUUAUUAUAGGGUCCAUACAAAUAUAUACCAAGUUAUUUGAAUUUUGCAUUGUGCAAAUACGUCAGUAUAAUAGUGACUGUAAAAUAUUAGAAUAUAUGUUUUCUUCUUUGCACUUUAUCACAUCAAAAUGAGAUGUUUUAUAAUAAAGUGCACUCAGAUUUCUCUUCCUACAAGGUGCUGAGCACUGUUUUAUUGGAUUGAGUGACCUGAAAUCCACAUUAUGUGGUGGUUGUGGUCAUUGUGAAGGAGAAUUCUGUACUUUGCAGGAGUGAAUCCCUGUAUAUUAUUCGCUGUUUCCAUUCCUUACUUAAAACUGCAAAACUCUUUCUAUCCUGCUUUUACAUUGUAUAUAACAAAUACUAGACCUGGGCACCUUGUGUGUAGUGUAGUUGUUAACAACUUAUGCACUGGGAAUACUAAAGGGAAAUUAUAUUGAACACUGUGCUUCACAACUUGUUCACUGUGGUGUUCUACAGUGAAGUAUUUCCUACUGUGAUAGUAUAGUAUGUACAUAACUGUUUGGAAUCAUAAAUGUGACUUACAGAAACAUCAGCAUAAACUUUUGAAUCAGCAUAUUUUAUAAAUUUAUGGAGAGCUCUUUUAUUGCUCGUAUUCUCCAUGUCUAGAGACAACUCCAAUUUUGCAAAUGCUUAGAUGUAAGUUUCCACUGAAGUCAGAGCAAGUCAUUGUGUAAAGUCAAUUAAAUGCCUAAAUGUCUGUGAUGGUAGAAUAAUUGACAUGAGGAAUUUGUUAAAAGCUUGUUCUACUAUGAAGUAAACUUAAUCCAAACCCUAUGCAAAAAAAAAAAAAAAGAUACAGAAAUUGUUUAUAUCAGUGGUUUUAUUUAUAGAAUUACAUCAGAUAUCAGUAUUGACAGAUACAAUACAUCCAUGUUUACAGGGAUUGUGUGUAUCAAAACAAGGCUUUGAAGCCCAACAUGUUUGUUCUGUGUUUCUUUAAUAUUAAAUAAUGGCAUUCUGAGGUUUUGGAAUUGCUCAUGUGAAAUAGUUUACUACUUUCUUGAUGUGAAUGUCAACAGUAAUUGCAGCAUUAAUUUCAGGUUGAUGUGAAUAUUGAGAUUUGCACUGUUUAUGUAGAGGUAGUGUAUUUAAAGAUCAGUAUAUGUGCUAAUAACACAACCGAUUUUAAGUGGCUGAUGUUAAAAUAUUGAAAAAUAAUUGUCAAUGUAAUAUAUUCAGGUUUGCUUUCUGAAUGCUCUCUUUGGAAGUGAUCUCAAUAGUGAAAAUGGCUCAUUUGUAAAAGAAUACUUUCCCUCUCCCCAAUAAACUUGCUGUAAAUACAAAAACAACAAUCCACAAUUAAUACUUAUUGUGUAGACAGUACAAGUAAAUUGAGGGAGGGAGAGAAGGUUGUUCUUAAAUUUUAUACCUUAAGGAGUUCUUGGAAUUUAUUGUCGUCUUAGUGAGGAAAAAAAAACAAAAAAGCAAUUUUGGGUUUGAUUUCUUUCAAGAGUAGCAAAAAAUCUUUUGGAUACCAAAUAGUUCUGGAAUAUUUUGACCCUUGUGAAAUAACUUUUUUUUAAAGUGAGAAGGAUCAUACAUUUGUUUUUCUCUUGGGAAAUUUAAGCUGAUGCCUGACAAACUGAUGAAACGAGAAAAAGAAGAUUCAUACGAGAAACUGUAUGCUGCAAAUGAUGGCUGUGUUGUCUGGUGUUGGCUUUUUUUUUUUCCCACACAGGUAUUGAGAGAUUGUUGUGAAUCUAAAAUUAUUAGAUCACUUGCAUCAAAUACAACUUUUACUCAGUAAUAUUUCUCUUUCUUCUUUGUGCUCUACCAGGAGUCAUUUAAUAAAAAAAAAAUUAAAAACAGGAUGGUUUUUUUUGGUCUGGGUAAGUACUCCUAGCUGUUGACUUGCAUUUGCUUUGAACCAGUUACUUGGGGCAGCUGAAAUAUUAUCACCUCUGACUUUCUACUGCCUCUGGGUAACAGAUCUCUUAUAUUGGACACUAAGCUGCUUGGGUUUAUAGAUAGUCAUCUUUACAUAAACAACUUCUGUUUACACUGAUAAAACUGGAUUUGCAAUCUAGGCAGCUCAAGAGUAGGUUCACUUUUUGUUCAAAUGCAGGAGGCUAUUUACUCAUGGCAGAAAGAUGUUCUGUCUCAGCUUAAUCUGUUGCCCAGCCUGGCACUCAAAGUAUGUGAUAAACAUGGACCAAAUUUCUAAUAUUCAUACCACUAUUUCAAAUCUGAAAUAUACAAGCUAAUCUUGAUUAUUACUUAUAAUACUUUCUAUUGCCAUCUUAAAGAAGUGUUAGACUGUAAAUUGUUUAUACUCAAAUUUCAUUUACAGUGCUGCUAUGGGUUAAACAACCUUAAUGUCUAGUAAUGAUUUUUCUUUACUAUUAUCACAUGUGACACAGUUGGCAAUGUUGUGGGCAGAUUUCUUUGAAAGAUUCUUUGAAAAUUUCUUAUCAUUAAAGAUGUUUAUAUUAGCCUUAAAUGUACUAGCUACUAUGUUGCUAAAGCUAUUUCUUUGUAAUAUUUCUUGAAAUGCAGAUAUUAAUAAUGUUAAAGGUUUUAGAGGAAUACGAAGAAGGUUAUAUUUUUACUGUUCCUCUGACUUAGUGAAGUUUCUACCCUUUUUGUAAGGAAAAGCAAGUGAAAUGUUUGUAGAAUGAUCUGGGCGUUUGGCAUUUGUAUUGUUUACUGCUACAGAAAAUAUCUUGAUUAAAAUACUAUAUUAACAGUUCUGAGAGAGAACAUAAAAAUACAGUAUUGCAUCAGAAUGAUUUGAAACUUCUGAGUUGACAGUGCUGAUGUGUGUAUUUUCUCUGCCCUUUUCCAUGGCUGCUUUUUGGAACAAAAUAACGGUACCUGCGCAGCCAUGUUCUCUUGCACUCAUCCAGGAGCAGAAUGCUGUCUUGGAUAAGAAAAAAUUUAAAAAUCACAUGAUUCUCUUAUACGUUUUAUUAGUUCUGAUGAAGUGUUGUAGAAGUCUCUUAAUGUUUCCAGUGCGUAUUAUGUGCAUGCGUGUAGAUUCAUGCUCUGUUGCACAAAUCGAGGCCUCAACUGAAAGUAAUAGACCUUUUUUAAGAGACCCUUUACUUACUGUAUGAAUUCUUGACUUGCACAGAUUCAGAGGAGCAGACAAGGGGACUGCUGCAGAAGAGGAAGAAGGUUAAGGGAGAUCAGUAAUGAGAGGCUUCAGGUGACUUUUUUGUUAUUCAUUAGGUAUAAUUCCAGGUAUUUUUAUAACAAAUCUUACUGUUUUCAUUCUUUUUUCCCGUAUGUGACAGUCUUUCACUGAUUUUUACAUUGCAUAAUGUUGCAUUCCCUUCCUUCAGGAGAUAGAAUGCUUCUGCUUCUGUGUCUUGAUCUUUGUUUACCUGUCAGAAAUGCUUCUGAGUUAGCUCUCUUGAUCCACAGGGCUCUGGAGUCUGUAAAAAGUAAUAUUGCAGGCUAUUGGCUAGCUCUUGCCCACUCUGUCACUUUUAUGUUUUGCUUUUUCAAUACAUACUGGGUGUUCAGAGCACCUACAUAGGAAAGACGAUCUAGGAAUCAGGAUUAUUCCAGUACUGUGUACUAGGACAGAGUAAUGAUGCUCUCAAUUACUUAAACUAGUGGGAGUAGUCUUGUCUGUUGUGCCUGGAUGCAGCAAGAGCAGAGAAAUGUAAGACACCUGAAAUUAUGUGAAUUUGAAUAAAGCACACUUUUUUAAUGGUCUUCAUGUUCUUUUUGGUGGAAAGGAAAAUUCCAGAUUUCUUGGGAGUCAAUGGUAAGUGAGAUGAGAUGGUACAGACUGGUUUGGAUGCCUCCUGUCACCCUCAGGGCUGUUCCUGGUCUUCCUGGCCCCCAGCUCUGGUCUUUUCCUGGUUCGGGUGUUAUUACCUCUCAGCCAGCCUGUGUUCUGUCAACUUCACUGAGACAUCUUGGUGAAUGCUGAUAAUAAAAGGGAUUGUUUUUGAAGUAGCAGUGAAAGACUGCAAAACUUAAUGCAUUACUGCAAUUUUUGAAAGCUUGUAUUCUAUUCAAAUGUAGAAAGGAGUCCCUGCUAUUCACACAUGUUGGCAACUAAUCUGGCUGUAUCAAAAAAAUAAAAAAAUAAAAAAUCCUGUGGAGUUAUGCUAAAUUCUUUUGAAAUGCUAACAAUAAAGCCAAGAAAAGUGGAGCUCUUUAAUUGCUAAGGAGCUGUUCAAAAACCUGUCACAGAUGAAACUACAAGUUGAUUGCAUGCUUGCUGCAUUUUUCUCAAUACAAAUGUAAUUUUACUCUUGUCAACAAAUCAAACUUCAUCAAAUCUUAAAAUUGGGAUCUCAUUUAUGUUUGUUUGAUUUUCUUUGUCAUUGUUCUUUUAAAAUGCAUUAUUCUCUUCGUAUGAUUGUGACAGAAGGCUUAUUUUCAUAAGGAAGAGGAAAAUCUAAGGUUUUGGGAUAAGACCUUGUGACCUACCAAAAGAAUUCUUCUGGGAAAGGUAAUCACUGUUCUUUGCUAGUUUAGUUUUACAUAGAUCUAUCUUACUAAUAUUUGCAGACCAUAACAAAAUUUAUCUUAGUGCAUUUUAUAUCAGUUCUGAGUGUAAUCUUGUGUUUGACACUUUUCAGGUCUGCUAAAAUAUGUUUCAUGUAUAAACCAGUUUUUGUAAUUAUGGCAAAGUGAAAAGAAAGGAGGAAAAAAGUUUGCAGUCUGUGAUGCAAAAAAGGGGCAGUGCUGAAGGAUUGCUCCAACUUGUGUUUACGAGUGACAAGGAAAUCAGAGUACCAUUGUAUGGCCUGAAGGAAUGUACUCAUACUUAAGUCUUUAUCCUGUUUCCUUUUAAAAUAAAUGUAUUGUGAGGAAGAGAAACUAAAUUAAUUCACGAAAAUAGUGAGUUCUCAAAUCUUUUCUCUGAUGUCUCUUUAGUGAUUUCUCCUUUGAAUAUGUAGCUCAGCUAUACAUAAUACUUACUCUCUUAAAGCUAUGCAUACUUGAGGAAACAGGAUUCCACUGUAACUUUAUUGUACAGUGAUUGUGUAAAUCAGAACUCAAGGUGCUAUAUCCCUGCUGCUGUAAAGGUCAAAUGUUAAUACUAUUCUGUAUAAUUUAUUUGCCACAUCAAGCCACUUGGUGUGAUUUAAAGACUGUCAGACUGGAAGGAAAAGUUGAGAUCUCUUUCAAGGGAACACCGAAGUAGGAGAGAACAAGCCUUUAAUCGUAACUCACAUCUGUAUUGCAAAUGUGAAUAAAAGUUUGGCAUUGGCUUUCAACCUUGGCAGUCUAAUCAUCAAGGUGCUGGGGCAGCAAAUUUUGUUGCUUCCAAAUGUCAUAGGAUUGCCAAGGUUGGAAAAGACCUCUGAGAUUAUCCAGACCCUAAUGCACUGAUCUCCUUCACUUAUGGAGAAGAAAAUCUGCAGUAUUGUUUUUUAUUAGUCUUUUACCAGAAUGCCAGUAGAAUAUAUCCUCUAUAAUUUCCUACCUUUACCUUUUGAAGUUGUAAAUGCAGGAAUACAUUAGUGAGGAAUUCUGACAGCUAGUUAUAAAGGAGCAGGCUGUGUUAAUUUGCACUAAGUUGAACAGGACGUGCUAUUUCUUGUUUCAGUGUUGGCAGGGAGGGAGAAGAGGCAAAGAAAUGCAAAAAAGGAGUAUUGAGCUCAUAAUUUACAGGACAUUCUGAUUUCAAAGAAUUGUUUUUGAAGAAUGUACUAAAGAUCCUUCCAAACUUUUUGAGGAAAAAAAAAUACCUAUCAAUGUUUUUCUUGGAGGGGAGUGGUGCCAUUGUCUAACUUCUAAGGCAUCAAUACGUACAUGUUCAGUCUUGAUUUCCUUAACUCAUUUUAUACCAUUUUUCAACACAUUAUAGUGAAGUAUAUGCUUAUCUCCAAAAUUCUUAGUCAUGUCAAAAGAUGCAAAACUUUGCAGCAGAAUUUUACCAAAAAGGAAGCUGAAGAAUUUUAAUAAUUUAUUUUACCCAGCUUUGGGAUAUUCAGGAAAUGAAAUGUGGAUUUAUUUAUUUAUUUUUUUAAAUGUGGAAAAAAGUAGAAGAGGUGUGACCAUUCUGUGAAUGCAGUAAUGGAAGAAGAACAAGCCGUUUGCUGGAAGACAUCUCUAAAAGUCAUCAGAUUUUUGCAGAUCCAGGUGCUGGUUGAAUGUUCUUCUCUCUAAAGCUGUUAAAGCUUAACCAGGCUGAUCCAGAGGGUGGUAAGCUCAGCCUGGUGUCCUGCCUGUCAGAAUUAUUGGCUUAUGAAAAUCUAUUGGUGGAGCUUCUCCCUUAAGAGGUACUUCCCUUUACGUGCCAGUCUUACUAACCUCCAAGGAAUGAACAGCAGCUUUUUAGUUGAUCAUGUCCUUUGUCUGUGUUGGGAUGAUAACUCAUAAUAUGUUUUGAUCUUCAGUCUAUUUUCUUUUCCAGGUCAUGGUGUUCAGACAUAAGAAAGCAGUUUUUUGUUGCCUUAAAUUGUGUGGGUAACCACUGUGGUGGCUUCAAAGUUAGUGCAAAGCAAUCUGAAGAAGUGUAUUAUGUCAUUAUGAACAACUCAGGCCCCAUCUGCAGUACUGCAUCCUGGCUUGGAGCCCCCAGUAAUGGAAGGACGUGGAGCCCUCAGAGCGGGUUCAGAGGAGGGCCUCUAAGAUGAUCAGAGGGCUGGAGCACCGCUGCUAUGAGGAGAGGUUGAGGGAACUGGGUUUGUUUUAGCUUGGAGAAGAGGAGGCUCCAAGGAGACCUCAUUGUGGCCUUCCAGUACUUGAAGGGAGCAUAUAAACGGGAGGGGGAACCUUAGUUUCCUUUAGGAGAGGCUUUUUGAACUGUGCACAGCAUAAAGCAAUAUUGGUAUUCUCCUGGAUAGCUGGUGAUCUUGCAUGCCUGUUGUUCCACUGACACUUAAAGUCAUGCUGGUAACUUUUUGUGGAAAAAAAAAGUUAAAAAUAAAACUGAGUAUAUGAAUUUUAUGCACAUGGUACUCAGAUGAAUCCAGCUUUGUAGGUAGUAACCCAAGGUGUCUGUUGUUAGUUAUGCACUACUUCUGUGGCAGGAGGGAGAAGUAUCCAAACUACUUUCUAGAGUAGACUGAUAGCAUUUGUAACAGCUUAGACUGAUCCAAUCUCCAGCACUGUCAGGAGCUUGACAAAAAAAAAAAAGAAAA